AAUUACUACAUUUGAGAUGUCUGACAAUUGUUUGGAUAAUCAAAGAGAUUGUUUUAAACCAAUCUUUAAGUACUAUAAGAAUAAUGAAUACUUAAAAUCAUCAAACAAUGAGAUAAUAGACUUUUUGAAAGUCGAUUUAGAGACGAGACAUGAAAUCAAAGAGAUUGCUAUCAAUAGAAACAACAAUCGCUUUGAUAGUCCUUUAAUACAAGACUUUCGUGACAUUAAUAAUUGGAAAAUGUUUUCAAUUGAUUCAGUCGAUGGACUACUUGUUGUGCCGCAGAUAUUGACUAAAGAGGCGUCAAACAAAUGGUUUCAUUAUUUAUUAAAAGAGUUGCCAUACACUGAAUGCGAUCAUUUGAAAGCAAAUAUAUCACUGCCGCCAACACAAGACACAAAUCUAAGAUGGAUUAGCUUUGGUUAUCACCACAAUUGGGACACCAAAAUGUACGACGAAUCCAAUGACAGUCCUAUACCCAUACAAAUACAGCAAUUGUUUGAAUACAUAAGUCAAUCGUUAGGAUUUAAUACAUUCAAUGGUCAAUCAGGACUAAUCAACUAUUAUAAUAACGGCUCCACUUUAUGUCCGCAUUCCGAUCACUCCGAACCCAAUAAGACGGCACCACUUUUUAGCUUAAGUUUGGGAUCAACUGCUAUAUUCCUCAUCGGAGACACCACUAAAUGGUCGACCAAACCCGUAGUUUCUAUAUAUCUCAGAGAUGGAGAUUUGUUGAUAAUGUCGUCCCAAAGUAGACAAGCAUUUCAUGCUAUUCCUAAAGUAUUCAACGAUUCAGUUAAUUAUAAACAUGAAAAAGUCAAACGCAUUAAUAUCAAUAUAAGACAAAUGUCUUUGUAGUCAUUUUUCAAUUGUUUAAAUUUGUUAUUAAUUAUCAUUAUUAUUAAAAGGACUUACAGUUUAGUCAAAUUACAAUUUUUAAUAAUUAAAUUAUUUAUUUAUUUAUUUAUUUUAAAAGCUGUAAAAUCCUACUAAACGACUAGAGUUGAUGAAAGUGUUU